UAUAGCCCGGCCACUGGCAUAUGAGACUAUAGCUUGAGUGAAAAGGCUUUUGAGUAUUAAUUACAGGGCUCUAACACCCCUGGGAUCAGUGUAAGGAAAGCCUUGUGCAACGUCUGGCGGGAAUCGGGUUUAGCACGGCCUCAGCGGGGGCUGCUGCUCGCGGGAGGCUUGCCCUCCGGGUCGGGAGGACCAUAGACGUCUCUAUGGUCAAGUAAACAUAGAACGGUGUCUCCCUGUCCCACGUGGUAGGACUGCUCAUGCGCCGGGGCUGCAGCUUUGGAAAGAUGGCGGAGGAAGAGCAAAGGAAAAAGAUCCCUUUGGUUCCAGAAAAUCUCCUGAAAAAGAGGAAGGCUUAUCAGGCGCUCAAAGCCACCGAGGCAAAGCGGGCACUUUUGGAAAAGAAAGAGCACAGGAAAGGAAAAGAUAUCCAGUUUAAGCGACUAGAAUGGUUCCUACAUGAUGCGUGGCGGCAACAGCGUGACAAAGUGCGCCUCAGACGUCUAGACGGGAAGCCUCAUGGCUUGGAAGUGCCCGAUGAACAUUCCUUGGCCUUUGUUGUACGCAUCCAGAGGAUCAGAGGGGUGAGCGUAAUGGUACAGAAAGCCAUUGCCAGGCUUCGCCUGAAGAAGAUUUUCAGUGGUGUCUUUGUCCAAGUGACCCCCCAGACCAUAAAAACGCUGCGCACAGUGGAGCCUUAUGUGACCUGGGGAUUUCCAAAUCUGAAGUCUGUCCGGGAGCUCAUCUUGAAACGUGGGCAGGCCAAAGUCAAGAAUAAAAUCAUCCCUUUGACAGACAACACAGUGAUUGAGGAGCACCUGGAAUACCUGAAAGCACACCGCAUUGGAAGCAUGUGUUUGUAUUUUGGAAUUAUCCAGCAUCUUCAAAGAAGAUCAUUUUCUGCUGUAGCUUCAGAAACCGGAGGGAAGGGCCAGGGAAACAUGGUGGUGAUGUCCCACGUCCACAGGAAAAGCCCAGUGUGUUUCCCUCGUUGGCCACUGCUGCCACCUCUGAAAUCAGCCCAGGCUCAUGCCGUGGAGGAGAGGGGCCUGUGUCACAUCUCUACCCCAGCACGAGCACAAGGCGGCGUGACCCAGCCCAGAGCAGACUGAACUCGGGGUUCCUGUUGCCUUGUUUGGAAAGAACUUGAAAUACAUUUAGAGGAGCACAAAAACGGGGCUCAGUUGUC